AAUGAUAAAGUGUGCCACAAUUUAUGACGUUAACAUCGAUAACGUUUAAAAAAUGUAAAAUGUAUAUUAAUGUCUUAUUAUUAAUUAUCUUUGAAUGCAAAUACUAAAUAUCUGAUGAAUUAAUAAUUGUAAUAUAAAAUAACAAUAAUAUUGUGUAGUGUGUACUCAUAACAGUGUAAUAGUUAAACAGAAACAUCUUGCUGGUAACACUUGGAUUGUCGCAUCAUCAAGUACAUAUAUACCCGGUUUGUCUUUCCUGUUUACUGGACCUGUUGAAUUGUGAAACCUGAUGGCGUUCAACGUGGACACUCCGUUUUCUGUGAUGGCUGACUGGUCUUGGAAUGAAGUGUGCAAGUACUCCCGUGAGGCGGCAGUGUUCUUGGACGAUUAUGCCGCAGAGUCUCUGCACUGGCACGGUGGAUGUGUGCUUCUGUAUCGAGCUGGUGCCAAAAGUGUCAAGGAGCUGUCAUCGUUUGAGAGUGGCAACCCAAAAGACCGCAGGUGCUUAUUGAUUAUCGGAAAACCUGUCGACGAACUGGUAGUAGCGAUUGUCCGAGAUGUUUUGAAUAACAGUAAUUUUAGGUAUUGUCGUUUUGUUGCUGGAUGUGGGUUUGAAUCAUAUAAUGUUGAAGAGUUAGAAAAUGAACUAUGCAAAAUUAUUUCUGCCAAGUACGAGGAUGGUACAGUGGAUGUAAUGGAUAUACCAAUAUCAUUGACUUGCUUGUCUCCUACAUUAUUUUUAGUGCCUCAUCUUCAAGACAUUCCUUUGUUGAUAGAGAAUAACUAUGAAGUGUAUGUUUCAAAAAUUGCAGCAACUUUAAAUAACAUAUUUAAUCAUUUAAAUGUAAAACAUGACCUUUAUGCUGUUGGACCACUAAGUGAAGCUGUAACUUAUCAUUUUUCUAAAAUUCAAAAAACUUUAAAUACUGAGUCUAGCCGCUUAAAUGUUAUACUAAUUGAUCGAAUAGUUGAUAUGUAUGCCGUUACUGAUUUUGCAUCUAGCUGUCCAUUAGACAAAAUGAAUAUGUUACUGACUAGAUUUCCCAAAACAUGUUCUGAUAUAGCAGUCAUAACUGAACCUUUGUUAGAAGAUUUAAAAUACGAGUCGAUCAAUGAUCAGUUACAAGUACCGAUGUGUUUGGCUCCAACCCUGAAACCUACACCUGUAGUCGAAUGGUUAUUAACAAAAACUGAAAAGAAUGUUUUGGCUAGUAUAAGAACUACAUUAACUGAAAAAUGUUCUGAGCCUAUUAAAAAAACUAUAUCAAGAAUUACACCUCAGCUCUUAGAAACUCUCUUAAAUGAUGAAAAGUUCAAUAGUAAAGAAUAUAUAGACUUAAAACAGCAAGUGCUUUGUAUUUGUGCUGCUUUAAAAUCUCCAAAUCUCCCAACAAUUGAACUUGCUCAGAAUAUUGGCAAAUUAUUAUUACAAAAUAUUUCAAUGGAAAGUGACACCGACAUAUUAAUACAAGUUAGUCAAUUAUUUAAAACAAGGAAAGACAGAAAAUUGACUGUAGAAAUUCUAUUAUGUAUUCUAAUUCAAUUAUAUUCAGUCGUUGAUGAAGAUCUUGUAAUGUCUGGAGAACAGCAAAUAGAUUUAGAGAAUAUUGUUGGUGAAGCCUUUUUUGAGGACUUUGAAUUUUUACCAGAUUAUUUAAUUAAUGAUUUAAUAGGAGUCAAUUUUAGUACAUUGCUGGCUUGUCAACAAGCUGCAGAAAAAUUCUUUUUUAUUUUAAAACAAAUCAAGCAAUCUAGACAGCAUUUUAUCCAAUACAGAAGACUCUUUUUGAGAGAAAAUCCAUAUGUUCCAGCAGUAUACAGCUCAUUUGUCAAACAGCUUAUGGAUGAUGUAUGUAGUCCAAUGCGACCUAAUCUGUCAGUUUUAAACACCAAAUCUGAUGGGAUAACAGAUUAUAUAAAACUUGGUUUCAAUAAAAUCAUUAAUACCGUAAACAAGCAUCCACUAGAUUGUGACCAUUUGAUUGUGUUUGUCAUUGGUGGCAUAAGUGGACACGAAGUUAAUUCAAUCUGUGAAGCGACAAAAAAUUGUGGCAUUCGAGUAAGUAUAGGAUCUACCAGACUGUUAUCACCAUAUGAAGCACUGCAUUCAUUAUUUAAACAAGUUUAGUCGUAAAUAAAAAUUCACUAUAUUUAUUUAAUAACUUAACAAGAAAAAAAAAACAUUAAUAAUUGGUAAAAGUGUUCAUGGAAUGAAUAAAUGAGCAAUAUUAUUAUCUUUUGUACAAUCCCAUUCAUUAUAUUAUAUUGUCAAUGAUCCCAAGUACCAAUAAAAGUCAGUUGUUUAUA